CAUCAUAAGAUUUUAGAACGAGAAUCAUCAUUAAAAGUGUAAAUACGAAUUCCUUGGUUCAGGUAAAUCCACGAUAUGCGGGGCAACGACACUGGGUUCCUCUGAUUGGGACGUUGCUGACAAGAUGGCCUCAAGCCACAAGCCUCAAACCUGGGCCCAGACGUAUAUAAAUGACGAUGGCUUCCGCAGUUUGAGGAUGACAAAUUGGGCCAUCCUCAGAUCCUUUUACAGCGUUAAGCAUUCCAUCCUGAGUCGAAUUGAAGCACCAUUUGUCACCACCUUAUCGAAAUCCACCAUGCUUCUCUCUUCCAUUAGCCUCGCAUGCUUGAUCCAAGGCAUUCUAGCACAGACAACAAUCAUCACCGGUGAAAACAACAAGAACUGCCCUGGCGUUCUGAACAACCCCCCUGAUAACAAAGCCUACUGCUGCAUUGGCGGAGAGCUCGACCUGAGCACCUGUGAAGGAUGGCCUAUCUGCACAGGCAGUUCUUGGGAACCCAAGUCGAUGAGCUGCUACACCACUAUUCCUGUCUCAGCCUCAGACUAUGACUCGCGCGUCAAGAGUGCAAGCUCGAAGUACCUGAAUGGUGCAGAGGCAUCGGCUACUGACGACGCGUCGUCGGCAACUUCAACUGGUGGUAACGCCAAACACACGGUUUCGAAGACAACCGCCAGGGGAAGUGCUGAACAGACAGCUUCGGAGACAGGCUCUGCACCAAGCUCCUCUCAGACCGGUAACGAUUCGAAUAUGAAGACGCCGGGUUCGGUCGGUGGAAUGUUGGGAGGUAUCAUGGCAAUGUGGAUCGUCCUGUGAAGCGGUUCAGCUAGCAAGAAGUCUGAUAUAUCUGAAAUAGCAAGUUGCAAAGAGAAUCAGAGUUCAGUGACCGUUGAAGAGUUCUUGGGCAAUCUCAUUUUAAAUUCACGUUGCUAAGUCUCACCGAUUGUUGAGCUUCCGUGGCCAGACCAGGCAGAUGCAAGUGUCUCGAUUGUGUAUCAAAUCAACUGAUUGUAUGCAAAAAAUCCUGGCUUUUUUCCAGCGUAUAUUCCAACCUCGCUUUGCCUGGCGAACAUGAAAAGGCUUUUCUUCGUGUUGAUGCUGUUUGGUAGUUGGUUACCCAGUGAGGCCCCACCUUCUUGUCCUCCUCUCCGCCGUCUUCAGCAAACAAACACCAGGCAUCAACUUAACCCCCAUUCACGAUACCUUCAACCACAUACGACCAUAC